AUGAACAUGCGCACGCUCGUGUAUCCCCGCGAGGAGAUGCGCAGGAAGGAUGGCAAGAAGGCGAAGCGCGACGACUCGGACGCAUCAUCAGCUACCGAAGCAUCAUCGCCCGAGUCAGCAGCACCACCUCCCCCCAGCGACCAGCCGUCAUCAUCCAGCGAGCCUGCUGCUGUUGCUGCUGCUGAAGAAGAAGGCGAAACGCUCGAAUCAAUCCAGCAAAAAGACGCCUACGCCGACCGCGAAGUCGCCAUCCCCGUCGAGAGCCGCGACGGCGAGAAGUGGUCCAACGCAUGGAACCGCUUCCAGAAGAGACUCAAGAAGUCGCACCGCUACACCGUCAUCUACGGCCACGAUUCCAAGCGCGGCCUCCGCGAGGACCGGUACACCUACGGGCUCGACUCCGGCUGCGUCAAGGGCGGUGCGUUGACGGCCAUGGUGGUGCAGGCGAAGGAGGAGGAGGGCGGCAACAACAAGGGGGAGUGGACGCACACCCUGGUGCAGGUGCAGUGCGAGAAGGCUGCUUGA